AUGCAGCUGUGCGGCCGACAAAAGGUAGUCCAGCGCAAGAUGGUGCUACUCGGCGACGGAGCCUGUGGCAAGACCUCGGCGCUGAACGUGUUUACACGCGGAUUCUUCCCUACUGUCUAUCUUUGGUAUGCGCGCAUUCUCCCCAAUUGCCGAAAGUCAGCUAACGCAUUACAGAAAACUACGUCCACGGUAUUCCCCACUCCCCACUUACUCGAUCGCAGGCUGAUGCGCCCAGAUAUCUUUGUCGAUAGUAUACACGUCGAAUUAUCGCUAUGGGAUACGGCCGGUCAGGAGGAAUUCGAUCGCUUGCGCGCCCUGUCUUAUGAGGAUACCCAUGUUCUUAUGCUCUGCUUUAGUGUAUGGCAUUGUGUCCUAUCUGUGAUGCCUGUGAUGCCCAAACUAAUGCGCGCACAGGUCGAUAGCCCAGACUCGUUCGAGAACGUCUCCUCCAAAUGGAUCGCGGAGAUCAAUGAGAAUUGUCCCGGUGUGCGGGUUGUCCUGACAGCCCUGAAAUGCGAUUUGCGCAAAGACGAGGACCUGAAUGACAACCCCAAUGCGAUCAGUUUUGAUCAGGGACUCGCGAAAGCGAAAGAAAUCGGAGCCGUGAAGUACUUGGAAUGCUCCGCGGUUCAAAAUCGCGGUAUUAGAGAGAGCUUCUAUGAAGCUGCCAAGGUUGCCCUGGAGGUUAAGCCGGCUGGAGCAUCGGCCUCUGGUUCAUCGUGUGUUAUUCAAUGA